GCGAGAGAGAGGGGGGGGCGGAUAGAUAGAGAGAGAGAUAACUGCGUGUGUUGAGUCAAUCAUCUUCCUCCUCCUCCUCCUCGCUGCGUUUCUUCAGAUUUGUCCCUCCGGAGGAAGAGGCGGUCUGAGCGCCUCAGCAGAUCCGGAAUCAGACCGCGCUCGCUCGGCUCCACUCGGUCGGUCGGUUGGUCGGUCGGUUGGUAGGUCGGUGAUCUCCGGUGGAGGCGGUUCGGUUCCAGCCGCAGGACGCGAAGAGACGGAGGUUGUUUUUAAUACAACAAGAAGAAGAAGAAGAAGAAAGAGAGUUUGGACUGAAAGUAUCCGGCGAGGGAGGGGACGACGAACCGGAGCAGAAAGAGGAAUAAAAAGAGGAAGAAGAAGAAGAGAGAAGUAGAUCAGAGUCGGGGGAGCAGCAGGAGGGAAAGAUGCCUCUGGCUCAGUUGGCAGACCCCUGGCAGAAGAUGCCGCUGGGCGGGACGGCAGCAGAGGACCCUCAUCACGACCACGAGGACUCGGUGGGCGACGACGACUCCUUGACCUCCUGCGCCGAUGACGUGCCCAUUAAGGAGAUCAACAUCACUCACCUCGUGAAGGAGGGGUCAGAGAAGGCCGACCCCCGGCAGUUCGAGCUGCGCAAAGUCCUCGGACAAGGCUCCUUCGGCAAGGUGUUUCUGGUGAGGAAGGUCACGGGGCCAGACGCCGGGCAGCUGUACGCCAUGAAGGUCCUGAAGAAGGCCACACUGAAAGUGCGUGACCGGGCCAGGACAAAGAUGGAGCGAGACAUCCUGGUGGAGGUCAACCAUCCCUUCAUCGUCAAACUGCACUACGCGUUCCAGACGGAGGGAAAGCUCUACUUGAUCCUGGACUUUCUCCGAGGAGGAGAUCUCUUCACUCGUCUCUCGAAGGAGGUAAUGUUCACAGAGGAGGAUGUGAAGUUCUACCUGGCCGAACUCGCUCUAGCUCUCGAUCACCUUCACAGCCUCGGCAUCAUUUACAGAGACCUCAAGCCUGAGAACAUCCUCCUCGAUGAGGCCGGACACAUCAAGCUGACCGACUUUGGCCUCAGCAAGGAGUCGAUCGACCACGAGAACAAAGCCUACUCCUUCUGUGGGACGGUGGAGUACAUGGCCCCGGAGGUGGUGAACCGGCGGGGGCACACGCACAGCGCCGACUGGUGGUCGUACGGCGUGCUCAUGUUCGAGAUGCUGACGGGAACGCUGCCGUUCCAGGGCAAAGACCGGAAAGAGACGAUGACCAUGAUCCUCAAGGCCAAGUUGGGGAUGCCACAGUUCUUGAGUUCAGAAGCUCAGAGUCUCCUCAGGAACCUUUUCAAACGCAACCCGGCCAACAGAUUAGGAGCUGGACCCGACGGAGUGGAGGAGAUCAAGAGGCAUCAGUUCUUCAGCACCAUCGACUGGAACAAACUGUUCCGCAGAGAGAUCCCCCCUCCUUUCAAACCGGCUGCGGGACGUCCCGACGACACUUUCUAUUUUGAUCCAGAGUUCACAGCUAAAACUCCCAGAGACUCCCCGGGGGUUCCUCCCAGCGCCAACGCUCAUCAGCUGUUCAGAGGAUUCAGUUUCGUGGCCAUAACAGAGGAGGAGAUACAACCGCUGCCCAACACCAUAGUCCAGCAACUGCACCGGAGCACGUCCCAGUUCUCGGACGCCUACGAGAUCAAGGAGGACAUCGGCGUCGGCUCCUACUCCAUCUGCAAACGCUGCGUUCACAAGGGAACCAGCAUGGAGUACGCGGCCAAGAUCAUCAACAAGGCCAAGAGAGACCCGACGGAGGAGGUGGAGAUCCUGCUGCGAUACGGACAGCACCCCAACAUCAUCACGCUGAAGGACGUGUACGACGACGGCCGCUCCGUGUUCCUGGUGACGGAGCUGAUGAAGGGCGGCGAGCUGCUGGACAAGAUCCUCCGACAGAAGUUCUUCUCCGAGAGAGAAGCCAGCGCCGUCCUCUACACCAUCACCAAGACGCUGGAGUACCUGCACGUCCAGGGGGUGGUGCACAGAGACCUGAAGCCGAGCAACAUCCUGUACGUGGACGAGAGCGGGAACGCCGAGUCCAUCAGGAUCUGCGACUUCGGCUUCGCCAAACAGCUGCGAGCGGAGAACGGGCUGCUCAUGACGCCGUGCUACACCGCCAACUUCGUGGCACCAGAGGUGCUGAAGAAGCAGGGCUACGACGCAGCCUGCGACAUCUGGAGUCUGGGAGUUCUGCUCUACACCAUGUUGACAGGCUUCACUCCGUUUGCGAACGGCCCCGAGGACACGCCGGAGGAGAUCUUAGCUCGCAUCGGCAGCGGCAAGUUCUCGCUCACUGGAGGAUACUGGACGUCCGUGUCCGCUGAGGCCAAGGAUCUGGUGUCCAAGAUGCUGCACGUGGACCCUCACCGGCGGCUGACGGCCGGUCAGGUGCUCAGACACCCGUGGGUGACGCACAGAGACCAGCUGCCCAAGUACACACUCAACAGGCAGGACGCGCCGCACCUCGUCAAGGGGGCGAUGGCGGCCACCUACUCCGCCCUCAACAGGAACGUCCCCCCGGUGCUGGAGCCAGUGGGCUGCUCCACUCUGGCCCAGCGGCGGGGGAUGAAGAAGCUCACCUCCACCGCUCUGUGACCUUUGACCUCCAACCUCCUCCUCCCCAUCAACUCUGACCUCGAUCUGACCUCCGCCGGGGGCCGGACCACCCCUCCCUCCCUCCCCCCUCCCUCUUCUCCUGUCCUCUCCGGCGGGACAGACUACUGAUGGACCUGGGAACCGCUGACGCCAAAUAGGCCCCUCCCCUUCCUCCUGUUCCUGCACCUUAACGGACGCUCCUGAUUGGCUCUCGUCUGCUGUCUCACUGUAGAGUCUCACCGACGGACGGACGGGCGGACGCCGCGGCGACAAACCUGUCGACUCGCGUUUUUUUGUUUUGUUGCUUUGGACAAUCAGAGGAAAAAUGAAAGUACUGUAUUUAUUAACUUCUUCAUGUGAACAAUAGGAACACGGUUAAAACUUAACGUAUGCAUUUUAUUAGCGGCGUUUAAACCUCAAGUAGCCUGCGACACGACGGCGUCCGACAAGGAAAAUAGAAGAUUCAUUUAAGUUCAGUUCAUUUGAGCAGCGUCCAGUGUGAACAACCUCUGAUCGGUUUGUCUGUGAGGAACUUGAACUCCAGCUAUAAUUAAUAUAAAUAAGUCUAAUAUUUCUCUGAUUGUCAACAAGUCCCAUGAAAAACAUCUUCUCACGUCAGUUUUCAUAUCAAACUAACCGGAGGAGUGACACUUGAUAUUGAGACUCAGAUUCCUUCAACUCCGAAUGUUCAAAUUCAGAUCAAUUAUAAAAAGCUACGCAACGUUCAGUUUUUUCUUUUUACUUUAUGCAAAGUUAUGGCAGCAGAUGAAUAUUUUCUGUGAAGGUUUUGUCCAGUUCUCUCUCGGAUCGUUACAAUCUGACUCUUUCAUCUGCCACGGACAUUUUUCUCUCCUCCAGUGUCUGAAAUGAAUCCGCGCAAAAAACAGUGAGAAUAUCAAAAACUGAUGAAUCAAUAAAUCCGUGAGACACGUCGGCGGAUUCACACCUGGAGGCUUUUAACUCUCGUAUGUUUGCACAAGAGGAAGAUGAUGUGACGCUUCCUCUUUAGUUUAGUUUCACGAAACCAACGGUGGGAUUCUGUCGUGAGCUCGUCGUGGAAACGAAAAAUAAACGUUUUCCUGCUUCCAUAAGAGAGAAAACACUUGAACCCGGAACGAACCGCUCGUCCUGACGGGGGAACCGACCGGAGUGUAAAUACAACUCAGGUUUCUAUGAAUCAAGACAAUGCUUUAUUAUUAUUAUUAUUUUAAUUUUUUAAGAUGUCCAGCAGGAGGGAAGGAGAUGUACAGACACAAAGCACACGAACAAGGCUGUCGGGAGUCGACCAGGACACAGAGACGUUAAAGUCCAAAACCCCACAGACGCAUCUUCUUCCUCGUGGACGUUGAUUUAAAUCACCGCUCGUCUUUCUUUAAUCUGCCGUCUCCGACAGGAAGUGGAGGCAGGAAACUCAAACUCGUGUUGUUGUUUUUUUAAACACGUCCUGGAAAAAGUGCAGAAUUUAGCAAAAAGGUUUUUUUUUAUAAAUGAAUCUUGCUGACGAACCUCCGACCACCGGAGGAAUCUGAAUUAUGGCUCCAAUAAUAAUAAUUCUCUUAAUUUAAAAGAAACAAACAGUUUCAACAGAAACCACCGACACGAGAUUUGGUUUAAAAAGUAAAGUUCAGCUGGACCCUGCGUGUUUGUGUGAACUGCUCCUUUAACCACGACCCAAACAACACGCGUGUGAAACUUUCUGCUGCAAAAUGUAAAAUCCUCCGGGGGGAUUUUUCAGGCGUCGACGAUCAGACUGACGUCGCUCAGCGAGCACUUACAGAAGAACAGAGAUGAAUUCUCUCCUGCUCGACGUCGAGGGAUUAACGUUUUCUUUUCUUUUUCUAUAUCAUAUUAAAUAUAUAUAUAUAUAUAUAUAUACAGUAUAUAUAUAUGUUUGCCUCGUGUAUCCAUGUACAGCUCUGGGAUAAAGGAAUGUAAAAGGAAUGAUUUUUUCUUCUUCUUUCUUUCUGUAAUUAUAAACAAGGGGAACAGUUUUCUCUCUUCUUCCUCCUCCUCCUCUUCCUCCUCCUGUGAUCUGCUGCUGCGCCGACUCUGUUUUUUUGUAUCUGCAGCAGCGAGAGUUUGGACUUUGUAUGAAAAACAAUAAAAAAGGAUAAUUAGCAAAAAAAAA